GUUGCUAACCGAAAUCUCCGUAACUCGAACGCGUACUUACAAUGUCAACGUAAGUUACUCAACCACGAGAUAUCCACUAAACAUUCCCGAAUUAAUGUUCUGUCCUUAGAGGUCAACGAAGCACUCUCAUAUCUAACCUCACUAGUUUCAACUAUUGAUGCCAUCCAUCUCAGAUCUGUUUGUGACCGUGAGAAUACCAAGAAACUCCGUCAUCAUGAAAAAAUUCAACACAAGAAACUUUUUCGUUUGUGCGGCGAUGUAUCAAAUCCUCUACACCGGACCCAGACAGUUAUUUUUAAUUACUCGUCUCGUACACUUUCUGAUACGGAGAAAAAUCUACUAGCUCGGGGUCUCAACUUGUCAUUACCACCAC